AUUGCAGAACAGCUUCCAUGCAAGAAUUCAGAAGCAGCCAUAAUGCUUGAUCGUAUUCUAAGGCUACUUGCAUGUCACUCUGUCAUCGACUGCACUGUGGUUGCCGAUGAACAUGGUCCUCCUCCACAACUGAAGAGGCUCUAUGGAAUGAACCCUGUGGCCAAACACUUUGCUUCCAUAAAUGGUGCUGGCUCUUUAGGCCCUUUCAUGACACUGGCUCAUGACAAGGCCUCGCUUCGCAGCUGGUACCAACUGAAAGAUGCAAUUCUGGAAGGAGGUAUUCCAUUCAACAGGGCCCAUGGCAAACACUUGUUUGAAUACUCUGAUAUGAACCCAAGCUUCAAUAAUCUUUUUACUGCAACAAUGACCAACCGUGCAACUUUCAUAAUGAAUAAGAUUGUGGAAUCCUACAAAGGGUUUGAGCACAUGAAUAGGCUGGUUGAUGUUGGAGGUGGCCAUGGAAUAUCUCUUAACGUAAUAACUUCAAAAUACCCUCACAUUAAGGGCAUCAACUUUGACUUGCCUCAUGUCAUACAACAAGCCUCUUCCUACCCUGGAGUGGAGCAUGUGGAAGGGGAUAUGUUUGAAAGUGUGCCAAAAGGAGAUGACAUUUUUAUGAUGUGUGUGCUUCAUGAUUGGAGUGAUGAAAUGUGCUUUAAGGUGUUGAAGAACUGCUAUGAUGCAAUUCCUAGUGAUGGAAAGGUGAUUGUGGUGGACGGAAUUCAUCCAUUUGAACCAAAGACAACAUCUGCAGCAAAGAACAUUUCCCAAUUUGAUGUGCUGAUGAUGACUACAAACCCAGGAGGGAAGGAACGAAGUGAAGAGGAAUUCAUGGCAUUGGCAAAAGGAGCUGGAUUCAGAGGAAUUAGAUACACAUGCUCUGUCUGUGACUUAUGGGUUAUGGAGUUUUUCAAGUAGAUCAAGUGUUG